AGAGAAACAGGUGAGGUUUGGGGGCGUGGUUAAGAAUUGUCAAAGAGUGGCACAAGGGCGUGUUUAAAUGACAGAAAGUUUAUUUAUUCUGGAGCUCAGCUGGUGUUGAACACUUCCAGUUAUGGCUUUCAAGUUGAUCCUCACAGCAGCUGUGCUGACUCUACUGACACAAGAGUGUGUCUCACAGUUAAACGUUUGUGGUCAGGCUAGUACGAACUCCAGGAUUGUUGGAGGACAGGAUGCUAAAGCAGGGUUCUGGCCCUGGCAGGUCAGUCUGCAGACAUCUGCACACUUCUGUGGAGGAUCACUCAUCAACAACCAGUGGGUGCUGACGGCGGCUCACUGUUUUCCAAGUCGCAGUGCAUCUGGUGUGAGCGUGGUUCUGGGUCUUCAGAGUCUGCAGGGAUCCAACUCCAACUCUGAGUCUCGAACAAUAACAACUUUAGUCGUUCAUCCGAGCUACAACUCGGUGACAUCUGAUAACGACAUCGCCCUCCUGCAGCUCUCCUCACCAGUAAGCUUCUCCCAAUUCAUUACUCCAGUCUGUCUGGCUUCCACCAGCAGCACCUUCUUCAGCGGCAUCAACACCUGGGUCACCGGCUGGGGCAACAUUGGAAGUGGAGUUUCCCUUCCUUUCCCACAAACCCUCCAGGAAGUACAAGUACCGAUAGUGGGAAACAGACGGUGUAAGUGCAGCUAUGGAGCCAGCUCCAUCACUGAUAACAUGGUGUGUGCCGGGUUACUUGAAGGAGGCAAAGACUCUUGUCAGGGAGACUCAGGAGGUCCACUGGUCAUAAAGCAGGGAAAUGUCUGGAUCCAAGCAGGAAUUGUGAGUUUUGGAAUAGGUUGUGCUCAACCUAAUUACCCUGGAGUCUACUCAAGAGUGUCUCAGUACCAGACCUGGAUCAAUGCCCAAAUCACCACCAAUCAGCCGGGGUUCAUCGCCUUCACCUCCGCUGGAACUGACAGUGACCUCAGUGUGUCGUGUCCAGGAGUUCCACCAAUUGUAAUCACAACUACUACAACCGCUAAACCAAUUGUUGGCAAUGAAACUGUCAUAACUACAACCACCACAACCACUACGACCACCACCACUGUGGCUAAAACCACUAAACCGGCAGUUGGCAUCUGUGGAUAUGCGCCACAAAACUCCAGAAUUCUUGCUGUAAGUUCAGUAACGACUGAUGGCCAGUGGCCGUGGAUGGCGAGUCUGCAAAAGAACGGACAGCACGUGUGCGGGGGGACUUUAGUUUCCUUUAACGCUGUGCUGAGCAAUGCUAACUGCUUCUCAAGUUCUCCAGUUCCGUCUGAGUGGACGGUUGUGUUGGGUCGUCUGAGGCAGAAUGGAUCAAACCCCUUUGAGGUGUCGCUGAAAGUGACAAACAUCACUCUGAGCAACCAGACAGGCUCCAAUGUUGCAGUUCUGCAACUCUCCACCACACCCAGCCUCAAUAAUUACAUCCAGCCCAUCUGUCUAGACAACGGAAAAACUUUUCCUGUGGGAACAACUUGCUGGGCUGCAGGCUGGAGUUCUGGACAGGGAGGAGCGGAGCAACUUAUGCAAGAGUUCCAGAUAUCUGUGCUAAACUGUGAUACAAAUACUACAACUGACAGCAUUUGUACAGAAAUAUUUACACUGGAACAGGGUGACUCUGGAGGUCCGCUCAUGUGUAAGCUGGAUGGGUAUUGGUACCAGUCCGCUGUGUUGUCAUAUGUAGACAGCACAUCCAGGGCAAAACGAGCAACACCCAUGAUGGUCUUUGAAAAAAUGACCAACUUUCAAGACUUCCUUUUGCGCACAGUGGGGACAUUUUUGACUCCAACCACCACCAACACAUCAUCUACCAACACCACCAACACCACUACUGCAGCCUCAAGCGCCAGAGAGGGAACUCCCUUUUUCUUCAGCUUCCACCUCCUCAUCCUCUCUUUGUGUCUACUGUUCUUCUCACAUAAUAGUUAAACUUUUACUAGAAUUACAUGAUGUGAAAUCCACAAAUGAGUUUAAGUAGUUCACUUUGAAACCCAGUUAGGUGCUUCCUGGUUGACUACAUUUUUUUAUUGACAUCAUGAAACCGAGUGGUGCAGUUUGUUGGGGUGUUGAAUCGGGCAUUCUGGGGCAUAUCUGUAAAAAUCGUAUUAUUUUUUUCCCCCCUCUUCUUCCGAAGAACCCCAGUUAUUCAUGCAUACACCCAAUGAACCAGUUGACAGGUUUUCAUUGACUGGAUAAGGACGUCUGCGACACCUCUGGUUCAUGUUUAACUCUGAAUGACCGUGGUUCAGAGACGCCGUUGAGAUUAGGAAUACUGCACAUCCACUAAGGGGCGCCAGUGUUUCUUUUUAUCUCCUUAAGACCUGUGCUAUGUCAAGGUAGAAAUUAUGAAUUGAUUUAGUAUGCACUUUUUUAGAUUUAAUAUAUUUCCUAUGGAAGGAUUCAGAUUGUUGUUAAACAUGUCUAUAACCUAAAAACUUUCUGUUUUAGAAGCUCUGCAUAAUUGAACUGACAUUAGAAUUUCCAUAUGCAACCUAAGACAAACUUUUUAAAUGAAUGAAAUAUCUUCUUUUGUAAUUAAAUUACUUUUACAAGUGCAAAGUGCAAUUAACUUGCAGCUGUUUUCUGAUAUUAAUAAAACAUGAUGUUGAAUGUUCA